CCUUUCCCAAGCCACUCUGGCCAGUACCAGCUACUGGGAGACAGAGGAGGCUGUGUGUCCAGCUGCAGGCAGGAGACCUAGCAGGCCCUUGUGUCUCCAAGUCCCUGAACCUGUGCCAGAGGCCCCAGGCCCACUAGGAGCAAGAGGCCAUCAUGGCAAAGGAGGAAGAUGAGGAAAAGAAAGCCAAGAAAGGGAAGAAGGGGAAGAAGGCCCCAGAGCCAGAGAAGCCCAAACGGAGUUUGAAGGGUACAUCUCGGCUAUUCAUGGGCUUCCGAGAUCGCACACCCAAGAUCUCCAAGAAGGGCCAGUUCCGGAGUGCAUCAGCCUUCUUCUGGGGCCUCCAUACUGGCCCCCAGAAGACCAAACGCAAGAAGAAGGCCCGCACGGUACUAAAGUCUACAUCCAAGCUCAUGACACAGAUGCGCAUGGGGAAGAAGAAGCGGGCGAUGAAGGGCAAGAAGCCUUCCUUCAUGGUGAUACGCUUCCCAGGCCGGCGGGGCUAUGGCCGCCUCCGACCUCGUGCCCGAUCACUCAGCAAGGCGUCCACAGCCAUCAAUUGGCUUACGAAGAAGUUCCUCCUCAAAAAAGCUGAAGAGUCAGGAAGUGAACAGGCCACACUGGAUGCCUGGUUCCAGCGCUCUGAUUCCCGCAUGGGCUCCCGAAAGCUACCUUUCCCAUCCGGGGCCGAGAUCCUGCGGCAUGGAGGCCAGCUCCGCAGGUUUCCCCGCAGCCACAGCAUCUACUCCUCUGGUGAACCUGUGGGCUUCCUGCCUUUUGAGGACGAGGCACCCUUCCGGCACGCGGGCUCUCGCAAGUCGUUGUAUGGUCUGGAAGGCUUUCAAGACCUGGGUGAAUAUUAUGACUACCACCGCGAGGGUGACGACUAUUACGACCAGCAAUCGCUGCAUCGCUACGAGGAACAAGAGCCCUACCCAGCUGGCUAUGGUCCCUACAGCCCAGCCUGGCCACCCUACAUUGACUACGCGUACAGGUACCCGCCUGAGGACCCCUACGACUACUACCUCCCUGAUCACUAUGGUAGCUCCUUUUUCCCCAGCCACAGCUAUGGCUACGGCUAUGGCUAUGAUGACUACGAGCCCCCAUAUGCACCCCCAUCGGGGUACUCAUCCCCCUACAGCUACCAGGAUGGGCUCGAAGGCGAAGGAUACUCCCACAGCUACUACCUGGAUCCCUAUGCGCCCUACGACGUGCCCUACCCUUCCUAUGACCUGCCAUAUGAGCCUCCCUACAAUGUGCCUUACCUUGAUCCCUACGGGAUCCCCUACACUGUCCCCUAUGCCGAAGGCAUGUACGGUGGAGGGGACGAAGCCAUCUAUCCCCCAGGAGCACCCUACCUUUAUCCAGAAGAGUCGGCCUUUGGGUACCCCUGGGUACCACCGCCCAUCCUAUCACCGCACAACCCAUACGCCCACCCCAUGGAUGACAUCGUGGAACUGGAGGAGCCAGAAGAGGCACGCGGGGAGCCGCAGGGCACCUCCUUCCGCCUGCCUAGCUCAGCCUUCUUUGAGCAGCAGGGCAUGGACAAGCCGGCCAGGUCCAAGCUAUCUCUCAUCCGCAAGUUCCGCCUCUUUCCACGGCCGCAAGUGAAGCUGUUCGGGAAAGAGAAGCUGGACGUGCCCCUGCCCCCCUCCCUGGAUAUCCCGCUGCCCUUGGGAGAUGCGGACGAGGAGGAGGAAGAAGAGGAGAUGGCCCCGGUGGCUGUGCCGCCCUACGGCCACCCCUACUGGGCCUUCCUCACACCACGGCAGCGCAAUGUGCAACGCGCGCUGUCUGCCUUCGGGGCCCCCCGCGGCCUGGGCUUCAGCCCGGAGUUUGGCCGCCCAGCUUCCCGCCCUGCCACCUCGCUGGCGCGGUUCCUCAAGAAGACGCUGUCAGAAAAGAAGCCUAUCCCGCGGCUCAGGGGCAGCCAGCAGGCCGGAGGGCGCGGCUCCACUGUUAGGGAGGCGGCCUACAAGCGCUUUGGCUACAAGCUGGCCGGCAUGGACCCCGACCGUCCCAACACGCCCAUCGUGCUGAGGCGCGCCCGGCCUCAGGGGCCAUUCCAGCCCCCCUUCCCACCUCCACUUCGCCGACCUCGAUCCCUGCGGGAGCCCCUGGCCCAGCACAGAGCUUCUGGGCACCUGGGCCCACCCCACUUGCCAGCGCCAGCGCUGGGUUCACCCGGCCUGCCCUUGCGACCCUCUCUGCUGGGCCACCGUCCAAGGCAGCUAUCCCUCAACUUACCCUCGCGCUUCCCGCACACGUGGCGGCGCCUCAGCGAACCACCCACCCGUGCAGUAAAGCCUCGCGUGCUCCAGCCCUUCCACCGGUCUCCCAGUGCAGGCUCUUGGAGAGUGGCUGCCAGGCUCCCAGAGCACAAGGAGAGCCAACAGGAACCUGAGGAUUCUGACACACUCUGGACUGUGCCCCCACUGGGCCCCAGCUGGGAUGUGGGUGUGCCUCCCACCCAGCGCCCACCCUCCCCCUGGCCUGGAGAUACCAGGACCCAGGGCCUGGACAGCUUAACAAAUCAGCCUGCUCAAUUCCUGAGCAUCCUGAAGAAGCUACCCGGAUAG